CUGACUUGUGUAACUUUCGGUUUCUUGAGUCCCCGUCAGCUGAGGGGCUAUUGAUGGAUAUCCGGACACGACGACGGGGACAUGGGGAGUCCAUUUCUGCUGCUGGUAGCUGCACACCUGGCCACAAUAAAAACGAAACGGACACGGGGAAAAAUUACUUUCGCGUGCAUGAGCCCUAAUUUGGAUGUAUUGUAUUGUCUUCUGUUGAGCACUGAGCACCCAUGGACAUUGUGGAACCACAAGUCUCAGGAUAGCCAUUGAGCUCAUUAACGUGGAGAUGUUGGCAUGGGCCUGUCUUCCAGGAGAAUAUCAAACCAACAACAUCUGCUGUCCAAUGUGCGAUAAAGGUCGCUUUGUAAAAGCUCAUUGCACUCUGGAGUCAAGUAGCAGUACUUGUGUUCUCUGUGCGCCUUCCACAUAUAUGGAUCAUGCGAACGGCCUCACUGAAUGUUUCAGAUGUAAAGAAUGUGAUCUUGGGGCUGGCCUGGUCGCAAAAGUAACUUGCACGAUUACGUCAAAUACAAUCUGCGAGUGCACAACCGGUCAGUUUUGUCUAAAUGAAGACUGUGAUUUAUGUCACGAUCACCUACGGUGUCCGCCCGGUCAAUAUGUAAAGAAACCCGGAACUCCACGAAUGGACACAGUGUGUGAGAAAUGUCCACCAGGUCACUACAGCAAGGAAAACAAUUCUGCUGAAUGUUCCCCGUGGACGAAAUGCCAGGAAUCGGGCCUUAUUCCAUAUAGAGAAGGAACAUCGACCACUGAUUCGGAGUGUAAAGACAAGAGGAGUCAUGUACCAAUUGCAGUAGCAAUAUUUCCAUUAUCAGUUAUUGUAUUAGUAAUACUGCUUUACUACUUUAUUUUAAAGCGAAAUAAAGAGGAAAUUGGACCAGAAAGCACACCAGUACAAGAAAAAGGAGAUGUUGGCAGUGAACGCCUAUGCGAGGAAGGGACGUGAACAUUUGUUUGGAAAAUUUUGUCCAGGAAAAGCAUCACUUGCUCUACAUUCCGAUAUUUGUACCUAAAGUCAAUAUUCUGGAAGGUGGCAGACGCAUUUUCUAAUCUGCGUAACUUCUUUAAAGGGAGUCUGUCAGCACAUUUACCCCUUUUUAACAGUUCCCAUAG